UGAAGAACCGAAGAAGAAAAAUUAAGAAAAGUCAAUUGUUUCUUUUCUUGAUUCCUUCAAUUUUAAACGAAGCUUUUCAGAAACGACAACGUUUUCACUUUCUUAGUGAAGAGAAAAAUGGAAAACAACAGUUGGAUUCCCGUGGCAGACGAAAGAAAGGCUUAUGGCACAUCAAGAAAUCAUUCAUCGGUUUUCUCGGACAAUAUGCAAUUUCUAUCUUCUGAGGAACCAAUUCUCCGCAAAGAGGAAUAUAUGAACCUGGAGACAUUACCUGCAGCUCAAGCUCAUGUCACUGCUAAUUAUAGCAUGCCAAAAGGGGGACAAUCUGGCCCUUCUACUGUUCAUGACCUGCCUUGUUUCCCUGAUGACCGUUCGUCAAUCCCCCCAGUUGCUAAUAUGGAUGUGCUUAGUAACUUACCUGUUUAUGAUGGUGGAAGAUAUAUGGAUGCUAACACCAGAUCCAUUAGCAACUAUUUUCCUCAUCAACCCAUAAAUAAUUGUGAUACUGACAUACUACAACCUACCAAAAGAAAAAAAAUGAUUUAUGGAUUUUCCAAUCAUUUUCCUGGCUGGAAGUCUUGUUUAGAAUCGCAAGAUACAUGGACAUGUCAACCACAAAUGCUGGAUUUUCAGAUGAAUUCUACUGUAAGACAUGAUGUUAAUGAUGUCUUGUCUGGUGUAUCUUCGAAUAACAAUCAAUGGAAUAACCAGUUGAUUCAGCCUUAUUCCUCUCAAACACCUUUGGAAGUGCAGCAACUGUCACAAUUUCCCCCCCUCUCUUCUAUCAAUUUUGAGAGCAAUGGGGAAGAACUUACUAAUCCGAUGUUUCAUUCUUCGGGAAUUAGAGGGAUAAACAACAAUGAGGCAGAUGAUAUGCUUAAACAAAUCUUAGAGGAGCCAAGCCUUGAAAGCAAUGAUGUGAUGGAAAUCAACGUAGAGGAAUUUGUCACUAGUUUGAAAUCUAGAAACCGUACUCUCGACAUGGAUCCUUUUGCUACUGGUAGAGAGGUUAUGCAGGGCUUUACGUUGAACUCCAGCCUUCCUACUCUCACCGAACCCAUACCAGUAUCUUUGAAUAACCAGUUGAUUCAGCCUUAUUCCUCUCAAACACCUUUGGAAGUGCAGCAACUGUCACAAUUUCCCCCCCUCUCUUCUAUCAAUUUUGAGAGCAACGGGGAAGAACUUACUAAUCCGGUGUUUCAUUCUACGGGAAUCAGAGGGAUAAACAACAAUGAGGCAGAUGGUACGCUUAAACAAAUCUUAGAGGAGCCAAGCCUUGAAAGCAAUGAUGUGAUGGAAAUCAACUUAGAGGAAUUUGUCGCUAGUUUGAAAUCUAGAAAGCGUACUCUCAACAUGGAUCCUUUUGCUACUGGUAAAGAGCUUAUGCAGGGCAUAGCUGAAUUGGACAGUGGCUUUACAUUGAACUCCAGCCUUCCUACUCUCACCGUGGAUGUUUUUCCAAUUGAUGGAGAAGAUAUUCAAGACACAACUGAGUUCUGGACAAACACCAAAAAGAAAGUUGAUGAGCCAACAACUGAUCAAGAGACACAAACCAAGUCCUCAAAUACUAUAGUUAAUGAGAUAGACAGAAACAAAUCAAUGGAAAUUGACAUUGGAUCGAAUUCCAUUAUGUGUGCUCUCAUAAGCAAGGUUCCUAUUCCUAUUGAUGUAGAGGACAAACAUGACAUAAUUGGAUUCAACCAAGAGGAGAAAGUUGUUAAAAGGAAUGUCAAUGAGCCAAAAGUUGAUCAAGAGAAGCAAUUAAAAUCCUCAAAUACAACCGUUGAUGUUGUUUCCUUGAUUGAUAUUUUCACACAUGAUCAAAUAACACAACAUAUUAAUAGUCUGAGAAAGGAACCUCUUCAGAUUACAACUGAAGAUGGAACAGGAAUUGAUGCAAACACAUGCCAAUUAUGUGAAAGGGAAAAUCUUUACUUUGCACCGGUACCAAUUUUUUGUAUAUGCUGUGGCCUCCCCAUCGGGAGAAGAAAAACAUAUUUCUGUAGAAAAGAUGAGGAAUUUGAUGCAGAGCGUUGCUUUUGCUCCUUCUGUUAUAAUGCAUCUAAAGGCGGGUGUAUCGCAUUCAACGGAACAUCUGUUUCUAAGGCAAAUCUUGAAAAAAAGACAAAUGAUGAAGUACUUGAAGAACCGUGGGUUGAAUGCAAUAAAUGCAAAAGAUGGCAGCAUCAAGUAUGUGCACUCUACAACAGCAAAAAAGAUUUGGACUGCAGUGCUGAGUAUAUAUGUGCUGUAUGCCGCUUAAAAGAAAUUGAAAAUGGAGUGCAUGUUCACUUACAAAUGGCUACUGUUUAUGGUGCUAAGGACUUACCAAGAACCAUGCUUAGUGACCACUUAGAGAAAAGACUUUUUAAGCGUCUCAUGGAAAUGAGAGUAGAUGGGGAAAAAGUGGAAGGAAGUGAGAAUCUUGAUAAGGUUUUGGCAGCAGAAAGUAUUUCUAUUAGAGAAGUGUUAUCUAUCGACGAACAAUUUAAAGUGAAGAAACAGUUUCUUGACAUCAUCCCAGAAAAGAAUUACCCAGAUGAAUUCUCUUAUAGAUCAAGAGUUAUACUUUUGUUUCAGAAGAUUGAUGGAGUAGAUAUAUGCAUUUUUGGACUGUACGUCCAGGAGUUUGGCUCUGAAUGUGGCAAUCCGAAUCGGCGUUGUGUGUACAUUUCAUAUCUUGAUUCUGUCAAAUAUUUUAGGCCUGAAAGAGUGAUUGUGGAAGGAGAAGCACUUCGUACCUUCGUUUACCAUGAGAUAUUGAUUGGAUACCUUGAUUUUUGUAAGAAAAGGGGUUUCUCAACUUGCUACAUAUGGGCAUGUCCUCCUUCAAAAAGGAAUGAUUAUAUACUAUAUUGUCAUCCCAAAGACCAAAAGACUCCAAACAAGGAUAAGCUACGCUCUUGGUAUCAUUCAAUGCUAAAAAAGGCUACUGAAGAAAAAAUUGUUGUUGGUUUAACCAACAUAUAUGAUCAUUUCUUUGUUCCUACUGAAAAAGGGGGCUCCAAAGUGACGCUUUCUCGUUUGCCAUACUUCAAUGGAGACUUUUGGUGUGGUUCUGCUAUGGAAAAAGCGAGGACCAUUGAAAAAGAGAGCCGAGGAGAUUAUGAAAAAAUGUUGAAGAAACAAGUGUCAACUAGAGCUUUGAAGACCAUGGGACAUCUCAAUCCUUCGAAAGACGCUGCUAAAGACAUUCUGGUGAUGCAAAAAUUGGGUCAAGAUAUAUUGCCUACGAAGGAAAAUUUCAUUGUAGCUCACUUACAAUAUUCAUGCAUGCAUUGCUGUGAAGUGAUAAUGUCUGGGAAGCGGUGGUUUUGCACUGAAUGCAAGAAAUUUCAAGAGUGUGAAAGAUGCCAUACUUCAAAUGAACACACCUUAAAGAACGGUGAAGUGCAUCCACUUUGUCAGGCCGUUGUUGAUGAUAUCCCCUCCAGCACUAAGCAUAAUGAUACCAUCCUUAAGAAUGGAUUGUUUGAAGAUAGGAACAUCUUUUUGAGCUUCUGCCAAAAGUAUCAGUUUCAGUUUGACACACUCCGGCGUGCCAAGUAUUCCUCAAUGAUGAUCCUUUACCAUCUAAGCAAUCCUAGUCCUAUGAAUUUUGGAAAACGUUGUAGUAUUUGUUGCGCACACAACGUGUUCCAAAAGUGGUGGAAAUGUGAGGUUUGUCCGGAUUGUAUCAUUUGCUUUGCAUGCUAUAAGGACAGAGGUGUUGACUGCCAUGAACACAAGUUGACUCAAAAUGAACACAAGUUGGCUGAAAAUAAUUCAACAUCACAAUCUGAUAAUCAAGAGUCUAAUGAGAAAAUGAUGCUGAAACUGGAGAAUUUUUUGAAGAAUGUAUCUCAAUUUCGGAAUCAUGAGUCACAUGGGAAAAAGAUGCUGAAACUGGAGAUGAAGUUGAAGCAUGUAUUUCAAUGUCAGGCAGCUAGUGCUAAACCUUGCUCUGAUACAUCAUGUUGUCAAUUCAAGAAGUUGUUCAAUCAUGCCAAAAGUUGCACAACUCAUAUUAAGGGGGGAUGCGAGCAUUGUAAAAAGCUAUGGACUAUACUAAUUUCUCACUCCAUGGAUUGCAAAGACUCGGAAUGUAGAAUACAACAUUGCAGCGUGCUAAAGAAGCGUUUAGAAUAUAGAGGAAUGCGUUCGAAAUCUUGACAUAGAGGUGCAACGGUUGAUAGCGACAAAGCAGUCAUUGAUCGAUGACUUUUUUGUAAAUAUAUAAUUCACAAACAAUAACAAGAACUCCUACGUCAAAGUUUCAGUUGGCCAACUAUUUUGGUCUACAUUGUUACAUUGGGUAUCGGUCUAGUCCCCCCAAAAGUUUUUAUUAUAUUUCUAACCUAGUUGGGAUGUCUGUGUUUUCAGCUUU